AUGUCCCAGAUGGAGUAUGAUCAGCAUCCCGAAGAAUUGUCCCAGGUGGAUAACACCCCACGACCUCUCGCAGCAUCGCCCAUAGUGGUAGCACCGACGUCUGCCAGUGAGAAUGCUGGUCAGAAACGGAAAAUUGCUGACUUAGAAGAGAACCUCACGUCGGGGCAUACAUUGAAAAGACAAAUGAUUACCUUACUCGAUAACAUUGAGGACUUAGUAGGCAAGAAUGGUUGCGAUAAGGAUGACGACGACAUUCAUGUAACUCUCGUCUUCAGCCAGGAUCGUUUGCGAAUCGGAUAUGUGGCCCUCAAAACGUCUUCAGAUAGUGAUAGUAUGGAGCACGACAAUCACUUGCAUAUGUCAAAAAGGCUUAAACAGAGGGUCUACGAUCUUCGAGGAGAUGUCAAUGGCGAUCAGACUAUCGCUAACACUCUCAUGACGCAAGCCCAAUUGCGAGACUCCCAGAGACGAAUCAACACCCUUCACACGGAACUUUUUGAUUUGCGAGGCAGGUUGUAUGACGCUCAAGUUGAACAUGCCCGCGACCUGGCAGAAAUACAGCGCGAGAUGUUGCAGAUGAGGGAAUCUAGUGGUCGAAACCAUAAGAAGCUGCCUUCCUCACCUCCCAAAGGAAACGAGGAGUUCGAACGUAUGAUGAACUGUCUACGGAAGAAGGCUCACGUGUUGCAAAGGUUGUUGGUGGGCCGUCGUCAUGCGGAUUGGCAGCCAGACGACGCAUGUCUUUAUCUCGCCGUUGGGCUUUGCGUCGUUUUCAAAAAGUCAAGGAUGCCCGUGCCAACGCUGAUGACUCAGAAGAGUCUGUCAGCACUAUGUACCACCGUGCGAAUGGCACUCCAGAGAUCUGAAGGAGAAUUACCCCCAUCACUACUUUUCAUCACCCUUGAAUAA